AUGAGUGUACUCGCAUAUCCACCCACAAAUGAUGAGGAAAUAUUUCGCCGUUGCACCAAUCAUUGUGGAAUAGUCACAUCCACUGAAGACCAACAAUACUUUGCCCUCGAAUGUACAUCAUGUGCGGAAAAAUUUCUCUACUUUGAUGCCUUCAUAGAACAUAUUCAAACAAAACAUGGCUCAGGAUGUAACGAUGAAGGUAGUAGGGCACGAAAACGUCGCCAUGAUGAAGAUGAGACGAAUGAAGACUUAACAGAUACCCAACCACCAAUACUGGAAGCUCCGGUGGUCAUGAUCAAAGAAGAAAAAUAUGAUAUGGAUGAUAGUAAUGUUGCAGAUGGGGCGCAUAUCAGAAAUGAGCCAUUGAUGAAUAAUGACAGUGACUAUGCAGAUGGCUUUUAUAGAGGCGUUAAAAAGGAAGAACAUGAUCCGGAUCUUAGCAUUGGCGCUGCAGGAGAUUCAUCAAGUUAUAUGGCCGAUACAAGUUAUUUGGGUGAUUCAUUUGCUAGUUACAACGAGGAUUAUGAAGAGGACGAUGAAGCCGGCGAUGAUGCAAAUUAUGAUGACAUGGUGGAAGAAUCCUUAUUAGAUAGUUCUGCUGGUCCAGGUGUUACAAAUCACAUAAAAGAUCGUCGAAUGAUACAAUUUCUUAUUGAAGCCUACCGCCGAAAUACCUUCCUCUGGGAUCAUCAUCAUCCACAAUUUCGUGAUCGUGUUAAACGUAGCCAAUUCCUUGAAUGGAUAAAUGCCGAAUUUCAGAGACGUUUUAAUUUAGUCUUAGCCAAGGAUGCUGUAACACGUAAAUGGGAUAAUUUACGGACCGUCUACAAACGUGAAUGUAAUCGUAUGGCAUUGGAAAGAACAAAUGUCAGUACUUUGUGGUAUUUUAAGGAAUUAUUUUUUCUAAAUCGUAUGUAUGGUGGCAAUCAAAAACUGUCCGAUGCCGUUAUCAAGGAAACCGUUUAUCGUAAACGUUUUUCGGCCCUUUGGAAUGACAUAUCAACAAAUAAAUUGAUAGAAUUAUUGAAAAAUUAUCCAUGUUUCUAUGAUAAAUAUCAUAGUGAUUAUCGCAGCAAGGAGAAGCGGGGGGAGGCGCUACAGAAAAUGGCCAGGGAUUUGGGGGCAUUAAUUGAUGUGUCCCCAAUACAGAUAUCGAAACGUAUAUCACAGCUGAGAUUUGAUUAUUCCAAACAGAAACAGGAACGGAUUAUGUGUGAAAUGGCAGGAAGAUCAUUUACACCCAAUUAUACCUAUUAUGAGUUAAUGUCCUUCAUGGAUAGCGAUAUUGCACCAUUUAAAUGUGAACAUUGUCCAAUGAUUUUAAAUUCACCACGUGAGUUGGAUACUCACUUAUUGUCACAUCAGCACAAAUCACAAUCUCCAAGUCUUGGUGGCAGUGCGAGCAGUAGUGGUUACAAUGGCGUUUCAAAUUAUUAUUGUCCGGUUUGUCAGUUAUGUUUCACAGAUUUGGAACAAUUGAAUCGUCACAAACAAAAGCAUCCACAACUUAAAGAAGUAAAAUAUCAUUGUGAUCUGUGUACAGCUAGUUUCCGUGAAAAGGGAAAUUACGACGAACACAUGCGAAGGCAUAAUGAUGAAUUAUUGCUACCGGAUUUGAAUCUCAUAACACCAGCCGAUAGUAAUGAUGAAAUAAUAACUGGCGAUAAUUCACCCUAUCAUUCGGCAUCGGAAGAUUCAUCGAAGUCGUCGGUUAAACACAGAUGCCCCUAUCCAACGUGUACAAGGGAAUUUACGACGCGCUCUAAAAUGAAUGAACAUGCCAAGCUGCAUUACAGUGAUGAAGAAUAUCCCUGUGACAUUUGUGGCAAAACAUUUAGAUCGGUGAAAAAUCUACAAAAUCACAAACAAAUACACGAUGCUGUUAAGAAAUAUGUAUGUAAAAUAUGUGGUUCAGCAUUUGCCCAAGCUGCUGGUUUAUAUUUACACAAAAGACGACACAAUCGUCCAAUGUAA